AUGCGGGCCGGGGUUUAUGCGGUGGGGAACCAAAAGAUGCACUAUUUUGACGGGAUUGAUUCGGGGCUGAUGGGAAUGUUGGCGAUUCGGAUGCGACGGCGGGGAGUGUGGAGCGUGCGCAGUCGGCCCCGUUGCGGUACUGGCGGCGGCCGGCAGGCGGCGUCGCGGUGCACGGGUAUUGAUAAAAGCGCAGGGGCGCCACGGCCCGCCAUGGAACGAGACGACGGGGCUUUCAGCGCGGCCAACCUUGAACCCACGCUAUCGGAUAGCUGCUCUUAUUAUUGUCAUGUA